AUGUUGGUCUUAAUUGUUUGAUUUGAGAAGUAAACCAUCUCAUUGAAUGGAUUACAAAAACUAACAUACAGGAUACAGCCGUUAUUGGAAAAUUAGUGGUCAAGUCCACUAAGCCCGAUUAAUUGAAGCUUGUAAUACCUAUAGCUAUAAACAAAAACCUGAGGUCGAAAACCGAUGCUGCUUCAAGACAUGGAGGAAGUUUAUACAACUGAAGACAAAUCAUUCUUAACUCCACGGAAAAAAAUGCCGAUCAUAAGAAAGCCGGGAGAAAUCGUAUUCCCAAAGCACAUGCGGCCAACAAGUAUAGUGUCUACUCCUGUUAGCUUGCAAGUUGAAUGCGAUCAGCAGAAUGUUGCCGAACAAGAGAUCACCGUACUACACUUAAGCGAAGUUAAACCUGAAAUAGAUAUUCAAGGGCACUCAAUACUGGACAAACUCUGCGAACAACUGGAUCGUGUGGAAAAUAAGCUGGACCUAGCUAUAGCUACUCUUCAUCAGCACGAGGCAUCGAUGAGGACGCUAAAACGUAACGUCAAGGACAUUCGGAAUGAAGUGCGAAAUAGAACUCGAACCCCAGCCCCAGGGACAGCAGUCACUGGCGAUAAACCGUAUCAGAAGCGAAGACGCGAAGCACUUGUUGUUUUCCCAGUCGCUGACGACAGCGCUCUACAGCAGCUUGAAGACGGUGUCAAGACAAAUGAAGUAGUGCGUAAAGAACUGAUUGAUCUAUUCAAUGAGGCACCUUCGGUUGGCUCCUAUGAAUAUCUUAGAAGGAACGUACAAUGUCUGUUCUUAAACACCGCGAAAUAUACCUGGACGGGCAAACAGGUACAUAAUUCACCUUCCAUACCGCCGUCCAAUCCUGCAUGCGGACUGCGCUCAAUUGAGAUUUUGAUAGAAUGCUGUUUGCAGAGGUUCAGGAAUUCGCCAAAGUUUGUAGGUAAGGAAUUGCGACGAGCAUUGCAAAACUUUAAUGACAGUAUGGUGGGCAGAAUCAGGCGACAACAGGAAAAGAUGAUGAAGAACUGUGAAGCUUCAAAUUCUGCAUCAAAUGAAUAAGUUUAAACUCGUAUGGUUCUUCUUCUAUAUCUAAUUUCUGGUAAAAAUUACCUGCUGUAUUUAAAA